AUGAGCUCCAAUUUUGCACCCGCAGCGAAACCGACUCUCAAACGUGGCACAGCUACUACUACGAAUUAUCUCAAUAGAAAACAGGGCAUGUCGUCAGGAUCGGGCCUGAUGAUGCGCAAGCACUACAUGGCGCGGCAGGAGCGUCGCAAGCGGGGCCUCGCUCCCCCCGCCAGGGGCAAGCAUGUGCGACAGACUAGGAUGGGGCAGCGCGCGGGCGCGGGUCCGUCGGGCGCGGGUCGGGGCGGCGCGACCAGCGCGCGGCGCAGUAGCACGUCGUCCGCAUCCUCCGCUGAGGACGAUGAGGACUGCGCCGCGCAAAACUGUCUCCGUCCUACUGGUAAGGAAGUGGACUGGGUGCAAUGCGACGGAGGAUGCGACCAGUGGUUCCACAUGCACUGCGUGGGGCUGUCCCGGGGCGCGCUGCGGGAGGACGACGACUACGUCUGCGGGACCUGCGCCCAGCGGGCCCGCCACUAGGGCCCCGGGCCCACCAACCCACCAACGGGGGCCUUGCACCUGCCUUCUACAAGUGAUACGGUUUGCACUGUUUUGUUAUGUAGUUUACUCUCAGUGAUUGACUGUUAUUUAAAACUGGUUCAAUUUUAACCCGGAUCUUAAUAAUAUUGUUGACUUUGACACAGUUGUUGCAAUAUUAAGUACAUAGGUACAUUUUUAUAAUAUUAUUUAAAUAAAAUACACGCAUAGUAAUAUGAAACUGUAUCUAAGUAUAUUACAGAACAUGUCUACAAUAAAAAUAUACUACGACGUUGAUAUUUCUGUGAAAUAUCAAACACUGAAUUUACUACACAUACUUGGUUUCAACAUUUUGAGCUAAACUAGGAGUUUUGAGCGAACAUUUACAUAAAGAAACACAAUAUCCUCAUUCACGAUACGUAACAAAUUUGAACAAAGUAAUGUAGAUCUUAUUUUGUUCCGUAUUAGGACCAUGUUCGCUUGACUCCUUUCAUUUCAUUGAAGGGUAGAGAGACAGCCGUAGGAGCAAUUCGAGAUAGCACGUGAUUAGUGAAACAUAACAAAAUGAAGCUUAUUGCAAAGCCUUACGAUUGAUUUCACUACGGAAACGUUCCCAUGGAUAAAAUAUAGAAUAUAAAAUAGCACAGAUCAAAUUAUUUGAAGUCUGAGCGAGAUAGUAUGAUUCAGAUAUAUGAUAAUGAAAAGAGAGGGAACAUUUAUUGGUCGUAAUUGCAAAAUGUAGUAGAAUAAUUAAAUAUAUUUGAAAUUAUCUCAAUGUGAUUCAAUGGAUUUUUAGAUCAAAUUAAAGUUUUUGAAUUGUUAUGACACAUUAUCGUAAGUAUUAUCGCGACAAAACUUAACGUAAAUUCAAAUUUCCUUACAGAAAAUUCAACCCUAAAUGUUAAAACUGUGAGGUUUGAUUUUCAUACCUAGUAUAUAAGCUUAAGGUUGAUUUUCCAAUGUGAUGUGUCAUAAUAUACAGAUUCUUAUAUAUUAGCAAUCGUUCAAUGUUUUAAUAGAAGAUAUUCCAAUAAAAUCUUACUGUUUUCAAGUGUUUUUUGCCAUAGCGGGGCUGUUGUCCCAACGCAUGUUUAGAUCAGUGUUUAGUCGUACCCAACCCAAACUGAAACUUAUUAAUUACUGUAGAGGUCUUCAACGAAAUAUACUGAUAACAUCAUCAGUGUCUUGGGUGGAAUCCAAGGUUAGCCUUUUUCCAGCAGUAAGAGGUCAAUGAAUUUUCUUUGUGAUAUGUUUGUUUGAUAUCAUAUCUAGUGAUUGACGCGGAGAGAACAAAUAACAAAAAUCUCCUAUUUAAUAAGUACUAGAAUCGUGAAUAUUUUUCGGCUCAUAAGCUGAUAAUCUUCAAUUCAGUCUAGCUACGUAAACAAUAAAACUGUAGACUAGAUUUUUCUCGAUUUGUUACGAAAGCCAUAACCCAGUUCAAUAACAAUACCUCCGAGACAUUCAAAUUAGUACAUUAGUUAACUGAAAUAUUUCGUGAUUUACCCCUACAGUAAUUAUUUUCAAUAUAGAUGUUAAAACCAAUGUUAUUGUUAAAAUAUUAGCAAAAUAUACACGUCUCUCUCUCUCUCUCUCUCUUUGCCUCUCUUUCUGUCAAAGUUGGUUUCUUCAGAGUGCGACAAGUGGGAUAGGCAGAGCUACUAUUUUUAAUAAAAAAAUAAACUGACAAAUAAUUAAGGUAUCGGGACUGGGAAAUAUGUAAUUAUGUAUAAUAUAUUAUGUAUAAUUGGUUAUGAAGGACUAGGUGUAUGUAUUUGUGGAUCGGCGCACGCGCACCCACUUGUAAAGUAGUGAUUUUGUAAUGUUGUCUAGUCCUGGACGGCUUGUUUGGUAUGACACUUGAUAGGGCAACACCUUAUUUUUAUAUCAUUAAUGUUAAUGGCAACAUUACAAUGUUUCCAACAGUGCCAAUUAUCUAUAUUUGGUACAGAUUGUAAAGGUCGAUAAAAAUAAUUAUAUUGAAUUGAAUUGGCUGUGCCCUUAAAGUUUAAUGCCAAAUAGAUCCCUGUGUCACAGUAACAAAUGUAUUUAUAUUUGAAAACAUUUUCCAGUCCUGUCAAUGUUAAUAUUGAAUGUAGCCAAAUAUUUGAGAUUUAUUUUUACUAAUUUUAUACUUUAUUUACAAGUUUGUACGGUUGGAAAUUAGUAAAUAUUAAUUCUUGUUUUUGUAAUUAGCGGUAGUUGUGCCCUUAGCAUAAUUGUAGUAGGUAUUUUGAAUUUGAAUUUUGUAUUUUCGAAGUUGUACUAAAGCGUAAUUAGUUCUGUUUGGCCACAUUCAUGUUAAUGUUAGGUGACCGCGGCACGAUGACAAGGUCUUCGGAUAGACGAGAACUUUUUUGUAAAUAUUUUUUAAAAAAACCUUAGCGAGAAAAUUAAAAGAGUUUUUAAUGUAAUGGAAUUUUUGCAAAGAAACUGAUAGCUUAAGUAGUAGAUAUGUGUGCGAGGUGUGUCUGUUUCAAGUGUUAGGCACUGCCGAUUGUCUAAUUACUUUCAAUUACUAAAACUUAACUAAGGUAACUUGCGACUAGUGCCGACUAGGUCGAAAUUUUCUAUAAAACCUGUACAGUCAUUCAUCAUAAACUAAUGAAUUUAAAAUAUUACCGAAGUCAUAGUUAAAUUCACUUUUCUACAACAUUUUACACUGUUACACGAAAAUUAAGUUUAUGUAAAGUAAUCGUGGUUAUUGUUAUAUACAUACUAUAUACUGGUUAACGACACGAGACAGGAAACAACGCGAAGAGUUCAUUGACGCGACAUGCUUGUGUCGAUAGGGCGGCGAAGUGACAUUGUACCAUUCUCCCUGUAAGCUUGAGUUGUAAGACCAAUUAGUAAACUAUUGUGUAUCUGCUUUGUAUUGGUCGGAAGCGUUUAUCUUAUUGUAAAUAAUGUUUAAAUGUAGCUCGGUGUAUGUAUAUGGAGGCGGACGCGCCGAUAUCGUUAGGAUAACGUUGUAAGAGCUUGCGACACUGUCGCCUAACUUUGUAAGUAAAUAUUAAAGAAAGCUCGCGUCUCACCGAGCCGUCCAAGCGUACUCAGUUAGACGCGCGCUCUCUUUGCAACAUAUUUUUACAGAUAUUAAAAUGUCUUCAGAGAAUUUUGAAGUAUUUUAUGUAUUUUUGACUGAAUUAGUAUCUGUUUUAAUAUGUUACUAUAAAAUAUUUAUGCACUGGCCUUUCUUUUGUGAAUCAAUGUUUAUAUAAUAGUUUAAUAUAAGACGAUUGAAUAAAGCUAAUACCUUACCAGAUCUUCUUUUCUAUUCCAAUUCUUAAGUUAUAAUUUAAUGUUUUAGUGUAACUUGAUUUAAUGCCCUUUAAUGUUAACUUACCGAAUUUUUGAACUAAUAAACUUGUAUUGAACAAAAUUUUAAGCACUUUUAUGCAUUGCACAAAGUUAUGAAUACAUUAUGUAUAUUAGUCACAAAUACAGAGGAACAUAAAUAUUAUUAUACUGCAUAUAUUUUACCCGUCUUCCAAGUAAAAAUGUUACCAACCUAUUCAAGAACCGAAAGGCGCCACAAAACUAAACACUUCCUACAAUUUGGUGGUGAUUACUAUAUCUAUAUAUAACUAACAAAUAUUGCUAUUUUCUACUAACUAGGAAGAUAAGAACGAGACAGGAAUAUACAUAGAUACAUCAAGAAGUAACCUAACAUUUUAAAUGUUAAUAUUUGACAGUGGUCGCUCUUCUGUCUCAUUCUAAUCGUGCCUCGUAGAAAAAGAUAGCAAUAUAAGAAACAUUCGAUAUUGCACAACAGAAAACACGUGUGAAAUUCUUAAUUUAUUAAAGGUUUGUUUUAUACACGUACUAAGGCUUGGUAAGGCUCUAUUGAUUCAAUUAGUAACGCCAUUGUAUUUACACUGGAAAUAUUAUAUUUUAAAUUAUUUCAUACGCUUACUGUACUAGCACGACUCUACAUUGCGAUACUAUAUAAAAUUAAAUUUAAUAUAUUAUAAAAACAGUGCAAUAGUACUUCCUAUACCUUUUUUGUUAUAAAUUGGUUGAUUCUAUAAGUUUACAUAUAUAUAAUAAUAAUCACAAUGUGGAGUUGUAUUACAAGAUGACAAAUGAUAAGCCAAUAUGAACUCUAUCGCUUCUUAAGCAUCAUGACGGCAUCCGUCGUCAGCCAUUUAGCGCUAAGUCUCAACGUUUACGGAACCGUUAAGAUUGUGCGAUUGUUUUGUUUAAAUAAGUGUUUUUGGUUUGACAGUGAAGUAAGUUCUACAGCAUAUGCAGAUGGUUGUUUACCACUAAAGUAUAAUUUAAAUAAUUUAGUUUUACAUUGCAUGUUACAAAUGAUUUGUAGUGUUCCUCUACUUAGUAGAAAUAAUUGGAAAUUAUUUUAAAGUGUAUAAUUUAUUUGGUAUAUAAUUUAUUUUACUUAAUAUGAAUCUAGGAUUCAAACUAAGGUUCUUAAAGCCUGGAUUUGUGACUACUAGUCUAAUUUCCCGGUUUUGUUUUUAAUUGUCAAACCAAGUGCACCGAACGCAUGGCUGAAACACAAAAUUAUGUUGAUCUCUGGCAGCCCUCGUCUGACCUAAUGUUUAAUAAUAUCUUAUGUAUGCUCGAUAGCUGCGCACGCGCCGGCUCGACGAAUAAUGCCCCCCCCACAAUACUUGUAGGACGUUACUAUAUAUUUUAAUAAAAAUAAAAUAUUUAUAUUAUAUAUAAUUACUAUUUUUGAUAAUUGUAAUGAAAUAUAUGUAGUUCCUAUGAGUAUGGUUUGUUAUUUUAAUCCUAAUUAUGCAUUUUAAAUGAACAAUUAAUGCUGGUUAUUGUAUUUGGCACGAGAUUGUUAUUUUGAUUGAAGGCUUUGUUUAUAGUAUAGUGCCAAAUUGUGUAAUUGUUAGCCUUUUUUGCAGUUUUGACGUUGGUUCAUAGUACAACAAGUUUCCCCACUGCUAUUCGUCUGCCCUCGGCCUGUGCGCGUAUAAUUGUACAGUAUAUAUAGUUAAGUGCAGUCGUAUGUUUGUCCAACAAUACCGGAGCACUGUAUCUGUACUAUAUCCGUGUUGUAAAGUCUUAAUUAAAUUGUUUAAAUGUUUGUAAAUGAAUGGAUGUCGUCCCGUAUCGUUGGACAGAUUGACAUUAUUGUGUACCAAAUAAAUAUAGAAAAUUAUAG